AUGCACGAAUUCCACUUUUUGACGAGCUUGCCCACUGCUUCGGUUGCGCACCGAUUCAAUGACAAAGUAGAACUAGCAUUCUACCAGCACAUUCGCGGUGGCAUAUUGACAGACAUCGACGCCGCUACGUUGGCUGCAUCAGGAUCAAAACUGCCACUUCCAUGGAUCCCAGAGUUCCUAGGGGUGUUGUGGCUCGGAAACCACCUGAUAAAUGGUAUACCCGCCUUCACACCAGCUAAUGGAACAACCACCACGACCGUCCUGGAGAAUAUCGUGUGUGGAUUCCACAUAUCAUGCAUUCUCGACGUCAACAGGAGAUCGUACUACUACCCGCCAGAGAAAGAGCAGAUGAUUCGCACCGCUGCAAACACGACCAUUCCUCAGUACUGGCAUAUAUUUUACGGGCUGUCAGGAACUGGUCUAGGUGUAUGCAAACGAUCACCCAAGUCCAGACGAGACCGCGGGGCUCUUUCCCUUCUCCACCUCCGUGCCCCCAUCCCUCUUGGAGGUGUCAAACACACCCACGUCAGGCAAUGCCAUAACCACACCGGAACGCAACCCUCCCUAUUUAUUCUGCUCACGCGCCUGCUCGACGCACUUGAACUUCUCUGCGCAGCACUUGUCGAAGCGGAAUAUUGGGGCGGUGUUGAGGUGCCGGUCGAUGAAAGCUUACAUGCUGAACACACUCGUGGUCACACACAGAUGCAAUAUGCCAUGCUAUGUUAUACGUAUCUACCAGACGUGCACUUGGCUUGCACUUUGAUAGAACUACCAGCGGAGAGACAGAGAAACGGAAGGGGCUAUUGUCUACCAAGGCGGAAUUCUUUUUCCAAUGAUCCCGUGCCGAAGGAUCCUCUCCAAAGAAGCAGAGUGUUGGCCAUUACAUCGACAAAUGUCAAAGAAGCCCGGAGUAUACAAUGGGCUAGUACUGGUCUCUUCCCACUGUUUGCUAGGCCCAUAUGGAGGAGGCUUUCCUCUACCAAUCUGAUCGAGCAUUGGCGCAAGCGGUCGGUAGAGCCUGUUGAUACUCGUGGAGCGCUGGAGAUCUAUCAACGUGUUUCUGGGCAUAGCUUCGAGAUAGGGCAACAUCAGUAA